AUGACUAGUUUGGCGCAAUUAGAAGAACAAAUCAAUCGCCUCAAUGUUCUGAACAAGGUGAGCGGCAAGGCGCUUGAUGCGUUCGCGGACGCCUCGAACAACAUCUCCUGUAAGGCGUGGCAAAUCAUGAGUGAUGUGAAGCCGUGGGAGGUGGCGAGGGAGAACAUCGCGCUCAUGAUUGAGGAGAUGUCGAAAGCCUCGCGGAGCUACCACCCGCCGCCCUCGUUGCAGGACGUUCUAACGCAGCAGGAGAAGAACCCCGAGGUGAUCGCGCGGUGUAUGGAUUACCUAGUCUAUGCAGAUAGCUAUUUAGCCUCUCACCCAUCCAGCAACUAUGCCGACCAAAUCCAACGCACGAUCAACAAACAAAUUCAACAAAUCGUCCACAUAAGCGAGGAGCUCGUGAAGCGAGCCUUCUUUCAGGCCCUUCAGAAGCCCGUGAACAGCACGAAGGGGGCAGGGGGGCGGCGCUAUAUCAUCCACAACCCCGACGCGUUGCGGGAUAUAAAUCUGAUCGUUCAGCGGCUGGGGGAAAACUUUGGUCGAAACGGGGUGGUGCAGAACGACGUCUAUACAAUGCUUCAGAGCAAAGUGCGUUCGUUUAUCGAGGCGAGGCUGACUAAGGCCUCCCGAGAAGAGGGCGGGAGCCUCACGAUGUCGGGGAACCACGCCAACAUGCCGCACAUGUUAAAGCACUACCAAAGGAAAGAUCAUCCCCUGCUGAAAAUCAGCCAAAUGGCGCGUGAAAGCGUGCAGGAGGUGUCGGAUUGCAUCAACACCUUCAUCAUCAAACCGUUGGAUGAGAGCUACAUGGUGGUGGAGAUGCCCUCGCAGCUCGCCUCCGUUCCGUUCGAUGUCGUCAUGGAUCACGCGAUGGAUGCGAUCAGCUUCGACAAGACCGUCUUUCGCAAUCCCACCAAGAUGUUUGUGGAUUCCCGCGGGCAGGGGAUUGAGUUAUACCGCGGAAAGCGGUACUUUCGGGAUAUCAUAUUUAUUGGUUUGGAUCUUAUAGAGGAAAUUUGGCAAUGGAAAGGGCUCGCGGCCGCGCUCCCUGGGGAGCACGACACCUUUAUUGAUUACGUGAACAUCGACGUGAAGCGCUACCUCGGUGCGCUGCGGGAGUUGCUCGAAGGCUACGCAACCUGCAAAGGGUCCUUGGAAAAGGAGCAGCUGAAGGAGUACGCGAAAAGCGCCUCCAGCCUGGAGUGGCUCCCAUCCCUGGAUUCCGCCGCUCACGAGAUCACGACGAACCUGUUGAGCUUUCAUAAAGUUCUCCUCGCCACCUAUUAUGGCUCCUUAAAGCUCAGCUUGCAGGGGUCUUUAGUGAACUUCAACGACGACGACGCCGCGGUACGGAAGAUUCAGGAAUACCUCAUCCGAACCCUCAUCGGGACCUUGCAGGAGCUUCAGGUGAUCGUCGACGUCGCCGUGGAGAUGAACAAACGGCAUGAGGAAGGAGGCUACGCGGGCGGUGGCGGUGGCGGCGCUCUCAGCCGCUCGCGCAUCUCCCCGCAGGUUUUUCUGCUUAGCAACAUCAUCUUUUUGGCGGAAACUUAUAAACGCGAGCCGUGCUUUCAAAAGCGGUUGAUGCCGGCCGAGGACGGCGGCGUGGCGGCUCCCAAGAAAUCGGGGAGGGGGGCCGCGAAGUCGGCCUCCCAGCUGCCGAUUACGGCGCAGAUCCUCGCCAUCUUGGAGGAUGAGCAUGAACGAUGCGUCGAUGAGUUUGAGUUUUCCUGGGAGAAGUGCUUCCCGGAGAUGUACGAGGAUCCCGAGCUGUCUUCCAUCCGACCCGAUCCCAACGAGGCCUUGACAAAAUCGCAGCGAAUGGCGUUAAAACGGUGGAACAAGUCCGUCGCGCGGGCGUUGGGGGAAAAGCUAGAGAAUUCUAAAAUAGGAACGUGCGUUUCGACCACAGUCCGUGCGCGUCUUAUUGAGAUCGCCGUGAAAACGGUGCGGAAGAAGUUCCUGUCAUUCGAUGAUCUGGUACGCGGCCGCGCAUGGUCGACACGUCCACGCAAGUGGAUCCUCUUCUCGGUAGAGGAAUGGAUUCAACGGAUUAAGAAUAUAUUGUAG